CCUUAUUACGACUAAAGGCCUCAGAACUCUAAUAAACUCAGAUGACAGGAGAACUGUGAAAAUGUCUAUUGAUCAAGAAUGUUCCAGAAUGGUGAUUAUGUCACCACUGAUGGUGUUUGGAGUCAUGCUCCUUUCUGCAACAGCAAUGUCGAUCGUGUCUACAGUGUCUGGUGGUGAGAUCCACGUGCUUGAGGGGGGGUCAGUGGACCUGCAGGUGAACAAUUCGGAGAAGGAAGAACACGCCUUCACGUGGUACGUCAACAGGACCAAGAGGAUCGUGACCUACCACCCCAUGUUUCGGUAUGUGGACGUCAGUGGGAAGUAUAAGGGCCGAGUGGAGUUCAGCAAUGAAACAUUCGGUCUGCGGCUGACCUCCGUCCAGAGAAACAACAGCGGACUCUACACUGCUAGAACGAUGAGGGAUGAAAACUCACUGGUCCAAUACACACUCUCAGUCCUGGAGCAUGCAGCAGCCCCUACUCUGACGGUGGAGCCUAACAGGUCCAGCAAUGACACCUGUGAUGUGAUGGUAACCUGUACAGGUCAUGACCUCAAUGUGACCUCCACCUGCAACUCCACCAGCUGUUCUCCUGUGGGAGGGACUUAUACAGAUCCCACCCUCUCGCUCUCUGUCAAGGAUGACAACAUCAUCUGUAACCAUAGUAACCCUGUCAGUUGGAGAGUCGCCAAAGUAAAGAUCAACCAACUGUGUGGAACAGUGGCACCUCCUGCUGACGCAUCUCUGUACCUGCUGAUCCCUGUGAGCCUGAAGGCCCUGCUGCUGUCCAUAGCUCUCAUCGUCAGGGCUCUGCAGUCGGCACUGACCACAUCGGAUUCAGAGAGAGACUAAACACACACACACAUUGUGCACACGCACACACACACGCACACACACACACACACACACACACACACACAUCACCAGGGGUCUGCAGUCAGCACUGACCACAUCGGAUUCAGAGAGAGACUAAACACACACACACACACACACGCACACACACACACACACACACGCACACACACACACAC